UUGGACUACUUGAGUACUACUCCGAACCUAACCGGAACAUAAAGUACCAUUUUUGUCAUUUUCUCCCCUCGCAGCCAUUGUUUACUCUGCUUCUUCAUUGCCUUAGCCGAAACUUCACACUUUUACACUAAAACAUUUUAGCUUCAGAAUUCUAAGAUGAUGGGUUUAUUGAGAGCUGUGACUAAAUCGAACCGUCCGAUUCAAAUGGGUCUUCAAAAUCAAGGGCUCACGUUGUCCCUCAGCAGACAGUUAUCAACCCAAAUGGAAACUCCUCAGCAGGACAACUCCUUUGAUACAUUCCUCCAAAACCCAUCUACUGGUUUGGUUUAUGGGAGAAUCUAUGGCAUCGGAAGGCAUACAAGGAAGAGUGACAUUAUUAGCAUGUUAGGGGCUUCUAAUUUGAGCCUAGAUGACGUUAGAUUUGAGUACAACGCGAACUAUGCUCCAGUUGCUGUGAUGAUUCAGUUCCGUACUCGGAAUGCUUAUGACGCUUCACUGAGGGCAGUUGUUCGGACGAGUCGCUUGUUCAGAAUGGAGAGGGCUGAUCGUCAGCAGUGGGACACUUUGCCACACUAUGAUGGAAAAACUAUUUUAUUGCAAGGGAUCCCACGGAAUGCACUGGCGGAUGAUGUGGAACGUUUUCUUUCUGGUUGCCAGUAUGAUGGAUCAUCAAUCCAAAUAUUCGCCAGACAACAACGAGGUUUUGAUAGACCACCAGCUAGAGUGGCCCUUGUGCAGUUCCCUUCGCAGGCUUUAGCCACACACGCAUUUAUUACGAAGAACAGAGGCUUCGUUCUUAAUAACCAAAUUGCUGUUCGACUUCUUCAGUAAUCUCCUCCAUCUUCAAAAUAAUCUACUUUCCAUUUCCAUGUGAGCAUUAUUAGGAUGUGAGAUGACAAUUACAAAUGUUUUGAUCAUCUGCCUGCAUGUCCAGGCUUCAGUCCCUUUCAAAUGAGUACUUUUUAUGUUCAUUUACUAUAGAGAAAGCUGAGAUGAAAUUCAAAAUGCUAGUCUUACCAAUAUUUUGUUUUGAAUAACAUAAAUAUGUGAACACACUGUCCUUUCAAAUGAGGGUUUCUACUUUAUUUUA